AUGAGCCAAUACAUGAAGAGGUUCUUUCCCUUCCAAAAUAAACCCAAGAAUUCAACGAAGCCACAACCCAUAUUAGUUACCACUAAACCACCGAAAUCGACCAACCCUUCGGAGACAAGCCCCACAUUGGCCAAACGGCCAACUGCUCGCAACGAGAACGAAGUAUGGCAAUCGUUACAGGUAAUAGCAACUGAGGAUGCAUUACUUAUACGACCUGUACACGAUGCUCACUGUGGUCAUCUUAAACUGAAUUGGGGUGUAUCGGCCAGUGUUCUGUCGGUGGAUGAUGAUCGCAAUGAUUUGGACUGGGAUGCUUCGUCUCUACCCAUACACGGUAUAGUUGGUACUACAACCUUGACUCAUAGUGAGCAAUAUGGAAACUUCGAUUUCAUAAGGCUCAUCCAUCCUACUAGCGUCAUAUGUGCUCGUCAUUACUGCGUGAAUUCUUCGUCUCGUCAGGUGUACGGGUUGAAGGCUGCAGUGGCUAUUCCCCUUGAAUACACACGAGCAGCAAACGUUAUCAACAAUCUUGUCGCCCAGAUCAAAAAACAAAACAAUACCGACGUCUUAUCCAACAAUGAUGGAGCUGCUGUAACAGGAGAGAUAGGUUCCCUACAUGUAAAGUGGGCCACUCAGCAUUUCCCAACGAUCACACCAGACGCAACCUUGGUCUUAUCCUCUUCACCUACAUCAUCUGGCCAUUUGACCCCUCCCCCUAAUGCCUUAGCUAUUGCACCGCUUGCCAAAACUAUUGCAGACCGAUUGUCCUUUUGGAAGAGUCGCCGUACCGCAUCUCUUGAUGAGGAUUCAUUAAUUGCCUCAAAGGCUAGUGGGCAUCAUGAAACUCUAGGAGAACUGUUGGAAGAUAUUGAUAAUGGAGAUACUGCUAAUAUCGAGCCGGAGAGAGCCAUCGACGACAUUAUCACGGCAGCCGCUGCUCCAGAGCCCCACUCCGCUGAACAGAAAAAUCUUGUAUUAGAAGACAAGAUCAUGAAGGAGAUAAUUAGGCAAUUCAUUAAGGGCGGGAUGUACUUUUCAUAUACAUUUGUAGAUCUUUCCAAUUCCCUACAGAGGAAGCAACAACAAGUCGAAAGGCUCAAGAAACGAGAAUCUAUCUUGUCUGACCUCGAUGCUUUAGGUGAUUGGUCGAACUUGGAGAUCUGCGAAGACGCACAACCUUUUAAGGAGCCAUUAGUGAACCUUCCACUAUGGAGGCGUAUAGAUCGUAGGUUUUGGUGGAAUGAGCAUAUGUCACAGAGUCUUGUUGAAGCGGAGUUGCAUGCAUACGUACUGCCCAUCCUGCAAGGCUAUUUCCAAAUUGCAUCAAUACCAGUUCCCGACUCCGACGAAACCCAGGAUACACCCACGGCUGGGACUGGUUCGGACACCGAGACAAUCACAGAAAAACCUCAAUCCACUAUCGAACCCGGC